CCCCGUGCUCAAAGCUUGAUUUUCCUAGUUCAGCUUCAGCAAGAGUGCAGCAGGCAUGUGAAGAAAUUUGCUGAAUUUUUGAAACUUCAACAACGGCACACGCAGCACAAGAACCGCCCGAAGCCCAUUCGUCGCCAUGCCUCACAAACACACCCGCAGAGAAAAGGACUUAUCCACAUUCAACUUACCCCCAACGCAAUUCGCCAAGCCACUGCCAGUCACACAAUUGAAGAAUGAUUGGCGUGCGAAGAGGAAGAAUGGAAAGUCAAAGAAUCUCGCCAGCGAACCGCAGAUCAAUCAGAAGCGGAAGCGAGAACCGACUCAGAAAGACGAUGCACCGAGAGCGUUCAAGAGGCUGAUGGCCUUUGCAGAUGGCAAAAAGCCGCCAUCUGGACUCGACAACGGGACAUCUUCGAAACCCAAAUCAAAGAAGAACAAGAAGGCAGUGGUGGAUGCUACCGGGACAGAGGCCGCCGAAACAUCCAGGGCUGCAGAGUCUACAGAGACCAAGAAUAGAUUGGAGAUCCCUACGAUCCGUCCCGGGGAGCGCAUGUCCGAAUUCGCUGCUCGUGUCGACGCGGCUCUUCCCCUGAGCGGAUUGAUCAACAAAACCGCCAGGACUGGAAACGACCCGUUGAAACUGAAAGUGUGGCGGACCAAGAAGGAGAUGCAAAUGCACAAGCUGUACGACGAGUGGAGGACCGAGGAACAAAAGAUCAAGGAAAAGCGAGAGGAGGAGCUAGAGUUGGCAGAGGAAAAGGAUCAAGAGGAGCAAGAACUAGGCGUGACAUGGAAGGUCGAUGCGCAAGUUGGCGCCAAGGGGAAGAAGAAAAAGAAGGGCAAGCGCUCCAAGUAUGCUGGGGAGGCUGCCGAGCCGGAAGAGGAUCCUUGGGCGGAGCUCAAGCGGAAGAGAGGGGAGACGAGACCCGGACUCCAUGAUGUUGCGAAGGCGCCACCGGAACUGCACAAGAAGCUACCACAUAGGCUAACUGUGCGAGGUGCUGCUGUGGCAGUUGAUGGAAUUCCUAAGGCUGCGGGAAGUCUGAGGAGGAGAGAGGAACUGCAAGAGGUUCGAGAUGAUGUGGUGGCGCAGUACCGAAAAUUGAUGGAGGGAAAACGACCAAGCUUGUACCAAACGCAAGACAGCGAGAGCUGAUCCCAUGCAUAUUCAGUCACGUACUAGAUACCCUAAAUUACAUUCAAUGCUAAAGGCUCUCUCGUCAAUAUUACCAUAC